GUUUUCUGAAAAUAUUCCGAGCAAAAUGCUUUCAGGCUUGCAGUCUGGGUUUUGAUUAAACGAGUUGACAGUUGUCGAGUUGGGCCAUACGAAUUUCGAGUCGUCUGCAAAAAUCUCCCAAAAUCUUCCAUUUUGAAAAGAAGGCGAGGCGCUGCGGGAGAACGUGUCGUCAGAUCUGAGCUUGCUUCGAUUGUAUGGCGGGGAAGAUUUUAGGAAUGCCCACAUUCAUAUUUUUAUUGGGUAUUUCUGCUGUUUUUGUGGCCCUCAUCGCUGCACUCCUCAGAUUCUCACCCGAAACCCAUUCUCCGAGACUCUUCACUGUCGAAGAAUUGGCCCUGUACAAUGGGACUGAUGAAGGGUUACCCAUCCUGUUAGGAAUUCUCGGGUCUGUGUUUGAUGUUACAAAAGGAAAGUCUCAUUAUGGCACAGGAGGGGGUUACAAUCAUUUUUCUGGAAGAGAUGCUUCUCGUGCAUUUGUUUCAGGAAACUUUACAGGAGAUGGACUCACUGACUCGUUGCGUGGGCUAUCUAGCUCUGAGGUGAAGAGUGUCGUUGAAUGGCGGGAUUUCUACUUUAGAAGCUACACUGCUUGGCAACUGAGUCAUGACUGUGACAAACAACACGUACCAAUUGAGCUCAACGUCUUCAUUGGGAAAGAGACCAGAUUUAUUGGCAAGUUAGUAGGUCGUUACUAUGACAGCCAUGGAAACCCAACAAAAUAUUUGAAAGGAGUUGAAGUGAAGGCUGCGAGAGGUGCACAGCUUUUGGAGAAACAGAAGAUUGAAGAAGCCAAACAACUCAGUUGCAAUUCAAGGUGGAGCCAGGACAGUGGAGGAGAGGUUUGGUGCGAUGUCGGCAUACCAAGGUUGGUCCAGAGGCCUUUGGAAAUUGCUUUGACUGGGAAGAUGAGUAAGCGCUGUGUUUGCUUUAAAGAGGAUCAACUGGACCAGCCAGGGCUGGAAGUUUAUGAUGGAUGUGACUUCCUUGCCACGACUUGCCGAGUUUAAGUUAGGUUUAAUGGUUUUACUGGCAAAGAUGAGGUUAAAUCUUCCUGAAUGUGUCGUAAACAAGUCUUUCAUAGUAUUCUUUUCUUUUUUCACAUUUUUUGCAUUUUUUUUUAAGAGAAAAAGGAAGAAGGGGGGGGGGGGGGGGGGGGGGGGGGGGGGCAAUAUCAAAGACAUAAUAACACAAGAUUACAUCCUUAGGACAAUUUGUGACUAGAUGAGCUUUACCUUUAAUUUUUUUUUCUUUAAAGCCAUAUGGGAAUGCCUUUUCACUGUUAUCUCUCUCUUAAACAGAUUUGUGAUUCUUGAUUAGCAUGCUUAAUGUCAUAACAUUGUGGGAAUUA